AUGCACUACCUUGUCUUAUUGUUUUUAGUUCCUUAUCUUAUCUACAGAGUGCAGGGCAAGCCAUGGUACAUGGCACUAUUUGCGGAACCACGAGAUAUGGAAAAAGGAUCAAUGAUUGAGUCGAAAGAAUUUGACGAGUUCAAGGAGUUUUACAAGAAUGUCAAGAAGAAUAUCAUUAUUCGACAAGAUGGAAACCGCAGUAUCAGCUACCUGGAUUACUGUGGAAUAACCUGCCAUGUAAACGACCAAAUCUUCAAAACGCAUGUAUGUUGCAAGUAA